UGUAGGGAGCCUUUAAUUGGGUCGUCCACGGGUCAAUCAUGAGCUAACGUCAAUGACGCCGAUCGUACACUGGGUACGCUUGUGUCGCUUGGGUGGACAGUGUAGUUACAUCAACAUAAGUGGAAUAAAAUGCCGCGGAUGUAUGUAAAUAGAGACGCCUCUUCAACGCGUUUGUAUACGGCCUUUUAGUUACGACAGGUCAGAUCCGGAGCAGACGGCGGCAGGCCUAAUUUCGGGGGUUAUCAGCAAUAUUUCAGGGAGAGGAGUGACAUCCUCCACACCGCAGCAGCUGCACACAUCAGUCUCCGCUGAAUAAAAGAUGAACUGAGGACCUCUUCCACAGCUCCACAUCCCAUAUUGCACCUGCUCUUCAUUCCUGCUGUCCUUUCAGUGCAAGAGUUAACCGUGUUGCCUCACCACACCUGGACACAGAAAUGCACGUGCAUGCAUGUCCUCGAAAUGCAUGAUUGUGUUUGAGUGUGUUUCUGCUUCACUCCCAUACUCAUCUUCAGAGAGGCACUUUUCCACUUGACUGACUCCAGCAUUUGUGUUCACGACUGCAAAGCAUAAUGGGGAGGAAAAAGAUUCAGAUCCAAAGGAUCACUGACGAAAGGAACAAGCAGGUCACAUUUACAAAGCGAAAGUUCGGCCUGAUGAAGAAAGCCUAUGAGCUGAGUGUGUUGUGUGACUGUGAGAUUGCCCUGAUCAUCUUCAACCAUGCCAACAAGCUGUUCCAGUAUGCCAGCACCGACAUGGACAAGGUCCUGCUCAAAUACACGGAGUACAAUGAGCCACACGAGAGCCGGACCAACGCAGAUAUCAUUGAGACAUUGAGAAAGAAAGGUUUCAAUGGCUGCGACAGUCCAGAGCCGGACGGUGAAGACUCCAUUGACCAAAGCCCUCUGAAUGAUGACAAGUUCCGAAAAACCACAGAGGACCUGGAUAUCCUCUUCAAACGCUACGGACAAACCGCCGCUCCACCCCAGACCUUCUCUAUGCCAGUCACCGUCCAGGCGUCCAAUCAGAGCACACUGCAAUUCAGUAAUCCCAGCAGCGCACUGGUAACUACCUCCUAUGUCACAUCAUCAUCGCUCACGGAUACCCACCUCCUAUCGCCACAGCAACCGGCUCUCCAGAGAAAUACAGUGUCUCCGGGGUUGCCACAGCGACCAGCCAGUGCAGGUGCUCUUCUCGGAGGCGACUUGAAUAAUUCAAAUGGAGGAUGUCCAAGUCCAGUUUCUAAUGGAUACACCAGUGCCAGGGCCUCCCCAGGUCUGCUCACCGUCUCCAACGGCAACAGCCUGGGGAAAGUAGUUCCAGCCAAGUCUCCGCCUCCACCUCCCAGCCCGCAGAUGGUCAACAGCCGUAAGCCAGACCUCCGAGUCAUCACCUCACAGGGUGGAAAGAGCAUCAUGCAGAUGACAGAGGAUGAGCUGGAAUUGGUAAACGAGAACGCCCAGCGGCUGGUGGCUGGAGCCCAAAUGGCACAAACCCUCACCACACCCGUGGUGUCUGUAGCCACACCAAGCCUCCUGGCACAGGGCCUGCCCUUCUCCGCCAUACCGACAGCAUACAACACAGAGUACCAGCUGACCAGUGCAGACAUCACUGCUUUACACGCUCUCGCAUCACCUGGCGGCUUGUUGCCAACCAGCGUGUCCACAUGGCAACAACAGCAGGCUGUUUCCCAGCAGCAACAGAACCAACAGCAGCAGCAGCAGCUUAGCCUUGCAUCACUCAGCAACUUGGUCAUGUGGGGCGUGGACAAACAGAGCAGCGAGCUGUCUAGCCAAGUGUCCAGUCUGGCUGCCAAUCUGAGCGUUGGCUCUCCGUCCAACCUGCUCUUGGGUAGAGAUGAGUGGUUGGGCCGGCCGGUGACCCACAUACCUCAAGGCGCCAUGCUGACCGUCAACACAAACACCAGUGUGAGCAUCAAGUCGGAGCCCGUCUCACCCAGCCGGGAUCGGAGCACCCCCUGUCCUCCUCCCGCUCCGCCUCCUUCCACCACGCCGUCUGCAGGAUCCAUCCUGACUGCUCCCCCUCAGUACCCGAGCUCCCUGCUCUGCCUGGAGCCCCCGACGGGCCGCUCGCCCGCAGACAGCGUCAGCAGCAACGCCAGCUCCUUUGAAGGAAGCGAUCGCGACGACCCCAGCGCUGCAGGCGGUGGUGGCGGUGGUACUGGAGGCGGCGGCAACGCUACCGAGCUCCUCAGGGUGUCGAACGAACCGGAGCAGGAUGGAGGGAACGUAAAGCGCAUGAGAUUGGACACUUGGGUCACAUAGAAGCCGCCUCUCUGUACCCACAGUGAAGUUGUUGACUCUUAAACACUUAGACCCGCCUCUAUUGUUAGUCCCCCACUAUCCCAACCCCACUGCCAUGUGACACUAUCAUCACACGUCUGCACCUGUCCUGCACUAUACUCCGUCAUCCUGAACUUUCAGGGCUUCGCCAAAAAAAAGAAAUAAACUGGUUUGGAUAUCUUGCUCCGAGCUCGGCUGGAUUUGACCCCUGAUUUAAGGGACUGUAGAUUUUUAAGGCCUUCUUGCUUGAAUGGACUCCUGUGUUGUGAUUUUUGAGGUGUUUGACCUUUUUUUUAUGCAAAUUGGCGCAACCGCAGAACAUUUUUCUCGUGGUUUCUCAGUGACCUUCUUAUACUUACGUGGAGCCAGGACGUCGCUCACAGUGGGGAUCGGUGGCUCCUCGACAUUACGAGACACCUGCUGCAUGACUCGCCACUUCCUGCUCUUUCAACCCUCGUCGUUUUGAUUGCGUGCUGUCCAUUUUUUUCCUGCAAUUUUACCUGGAGAUGUUUGAGGGCUGCUAGAACUGUUUGGACUCAAGCGAGGUGUUUUUAGGUACAGGGUUCCUACACAGUCUGGAAAAGUCUGGAAUCUGAUUUCAGUAUUUUCCAGGUUUAUAUAAGUAUGGAAAAAGAAAAUAGUUCAGAAAUAUAUCUGUAUUUACAGACUUUUUUCCCUAUCAAAAGUUUCUGUCCUUCCUUCCUUGUGUCCUACUUAUUUUCCUAGUGUCCUUCCUUCAUUGAGUCCUACUACCUUUCCUAGUGUCCUUCCUUCCUUGUGUCCUACUUAUUUUCCUAGUGUCCUUCCUUCCUUGAGUCCUACUACCUUUCCUAGUGUCCUUCCUUCCUUGAGUCCUACUGCCUUUCCUAGUGUCCUUCCUUCCUUGUGUCCUACUUCUUUUCCUAGUGUCCUUCCUUCCUUAAAUCCUACUACUUUUCCUAGUGUUUUUCCUUCCUUGUGUCCUACCUCUUUUCCUAGUGUCCUUCCUUCCUUGUGUCCUACUUCUUUUCCUAGUGUCCUUCCUUCCUUGUGUCCUACUUCUUUUCCUAGUGUCCUUCCUUCCUUGAGUCCUACUACCUUUCCUAGUGUCCUUCCUUCCUUGAGUCCUACUACCUUUCCUAGUGUCCUUCCUUCCUUGAGUCCUACUACCUUUCCUAGUGUCCUUCCUUUGUGUCCUGCUUUGAUCUUUCCUGGUCUACAUUCCUUACAUGUCCUAUUUCCCCUUCAAGUUUUGUUCUUGUUUUCUUCCUUUCAAACUCCUCUCUGUCCUCAUUUCCUUCCCUUCAUGCGUCCUACCUGCCUUUUUUCUUUGCUUCCUGUUCGUUUUAAUCCAGGUUCCAUAUUUACAGCCUGUCAUCUGUAGAAAUGUCUCCCUUAGAUUGGCAGCCAUAAUUUCUAGUUUUAUAUUUCAAAAUAAACAUAAAGGACUGGCCGCUCGGACUUGGAAAAGUGUAAGAUUUUUCCAUGGAAGAUGUGUAGGAACCCUGUUGGUAGGAAUACUGCUUCCGCCAUGAAGAACCUCCUGCAAACGGACUGGAGUCGAGCACCCUGCCAGAGUGCCAGUAUCAGCUCUUCAAAACAAAAACAAAUGCCAAAUGUCGAACUCAGUGCAGGGACACUGACACCACAGACGGUCUGGGCGCUCCUCCUGGCAUUCCUCGCCUCAUCUCCUCCGACACUUGGGAAGGAAAGGCUUUCAUCAGAAAUCCAGCCAAUCCCUCUGCUUUUCUUAAUGCCCUUAAAAAGCAUAGGAUCUUUAAUGAGCCUCUUUUUGUUUUCUUUAGUAUUUGGUUCUUUGGAGUCCAAGUGUUCUUUAUCUGUUGGUAUUUUAAACAUGUUUUGCAGAUCCGUUAGUCGUCCAGACGUAGAAAUUCAGAGUUUGUAUAAAAAAGUAAAGAAAAAAAAAAGAAAAUCACUCCUUAUACAAAAGCUUUGAUGUCCUCUUUAGCUCUGUAUAUCCCUCCAUAGCCGUGUUUGGAAAAGUGAAAGGAAAAAGACUUUUUUUCUAUAUUUCUACCGCUUUGAGUCGGCGACGAAGUGAAAUAGCUUUUUGGCUUCAACCACGUGUCUGUACAUAAUGAGUAUAUUUGCAUAGACUUUGCUAGGUAUCCCUAAAAACAAGCAAUGUGUUGAUUCUCAGUGGAUCUGUUUGCAUAUACGAGUGUGACUUUGAUAUGUUUCGAGCCGCGGUGCAGGGGGACGGGGCUAGUUUUAGUAAUCCUCUGUUUUACUCUAGUGUUGAUGGCGUGUGCACUUUGUCUCACUCACAGAGGCCUGCUUGGUAGUGGUGUCAUAUUCUCCUGCCACACAUCUUUAAAAACCCCACAAAUUAAGGUAAAUCGUACACCGUGAUGUAAACUCUUUAUUACUAUUAUUGGUAUUAUUAGGACACUGCCAUUCACUUAUAUUGUAGCAAUGGAGAUGCAAUACACUUUAAACUGAGUGUACCAUGUAAAGAUGUUUUCCACUUUACGCAGAUACAGACGAUGCCAGUUUUCCUCUUUGCAGAUUGGUUUCAGUUUUUUUGUUGUUCUUGAACAAAUUAGUUUCAUCUGUCUUUUCAAGUCGGCGUGUAAGUGUGUGGAACCGCGGUUUAGUAGAACGGUUCCUCCAGAUUGCAGACGAUGCUCCAAACGCAGAUCGGUGUGACGGACCUACGCUCUACGGCUGCUGGUUAUGGGAUCUAUGGUGAGAACAAACCUCAGAUGGUCAGGAAUCUAUUGGUAGUUUUGUCUGUCUUGAUCAUGAAUGAAGAUGUUCAUGUUUCACUCUAUGAUCCAGUUAGAGCUCUGUUCUUUAGACAUAUCUGGUAAGCAGCUAAAGAUCUCUGUUCUGGUCCACAGAGUUGGCUUUUUCUGGUCUAUACAGAUUUCCAAUUUUAACCGACUGCUUAUUAUCUUGUUGCAAAAGCAGAGAAGAGAACCUGGGCUGCAGGUUCUUUAAUACAGGAGGUAGUUUUGAAUGAUCCCCAUUGAUGCAUCAAACCGUCUCAUGAUUUCUACCAAACUAUAAAAUAAUUCAGCAUAAACUUUUUGGUUGAUCCAUUUUUAGACCCAAAGUGGUGAGAGUGCUUAAUUUUAAUGCACUUCAAAAAUAGAGGGGAAGUCCAGACUUGACCUGCUAAUCAGAGCUAAUCAAGGGAAAAUUGGCCGAUUCCAGUUGGAUGGAUUGGUGCAUCUCUAAUUCAUAGAAAUAAAACAGCAACUGCCUGUGGUUUGCUGAUUUAAUCCCGAAGCACUAAGUAGAUUUUUUAACAGUCCAUUGCAUUCCUUUUAUCCGUGCAGUUCCCAUAGAUACUCUCUAAAAGUAGAUAAAUAUAAAAUGCUAUGUAUAUAGAGAUAAUAAAUUGUAGUCUUACUAGAUUUCCUGGUAAUUAUUGUUUGUUGAAUUUAGUUUUGAGCCAGCUGGAGUUGUCUAAUAAUCAUCCAGUCCACCUCUAACUGAUGAUAAGCGAUGAUCAACGUUCCUACUCAAAAUAAUAAGGAAUUUGCUUCUUAACUUAUAUUUGUGUGGUGAAUAUGAAUCUCGACAGGAUGCAACACAACGGGAGCUACAUAAUUACCGAUGUUUAUUUGGAUCUCAGUUCAGACCCAAAAAUAAAUAAUUUAUUAGCACCAGUUACCAAACCUUUACGGCAUUCUUCAUAAUUAUUGGCACUCCUGAUAACGAUGCAUACAAAAACCUUUCAAUAAGUGAUUACUGUGGAGAACUGUGAGCAUCCAAGAUGCCACUCUUUACUCUAGAUGCAUCUGCCCCUUGCUCAGUUUUUCUAGAUCAUCCAGAGUCCUCACCUGCACAGGAUUAAUGGAGGAUUCAGGUCCAGGGCCUCAGAUGGUCAUGGAAAAGGUUUUUUCUGUGGUGAUUUGGCCAUGUGUUUGGGAUCAUUAUCUAGCAGACGACCCAGUUCUAGUUAAUGAUAGACUCCACCAGAUGUUUCAAAGACUUUAUGAACUAGAACCAGACUCCCAGGGCCUUUGGAAGAGAACAGGCCCACAGCAUCACAGAUCCACCAUCGUACUUGACUAUCUACAGUACUUCUCAAAUCUGACCCUGCUGGAGCUUUUCGUUCCUAAAAGCCCAAUGUUAAUCUCAUCUGACCAAAGUACCGAGUUCCAGUUAGUCCAAUUAGCGCUGAUCAAUUAGGCUUUUUUCCUGGCACAUCCCCCAAACAACCCAUUGUCAUAUAGACACUCGUUGGGGCUUUUUCAACCCCACAGUGCCACCCUUUGAAUUAAUUCUUCCAACAGUGUACUUUAGAGAUGUUUUCCCUCCAUGAAUUUCCUGCCCACGUGCAUGGUGGCACUAUUUGCAGGUUCCAAACCAGGAACCUGCAUGAAUGGCAUUUUGAAGCGUUUCUAGGAGACACGGGCCUGUGUUCUGUCAGAUUUCUACCCCAGGGAAACAAUAAAUCAUGGAUUACUGAUUAAAGGUUCAUAGACACGCUGAUCAACUUAAAUAAAUCCAUUUGAAUUAAAAGUUGGAUUUGUCUUAAAUGUUCAGGUUGAAACUGUGCUGCAGCAAUAAGUCAUUUUUCACACAUCUUUAGCGGGGGUGCUAAUAAAUGUGGAGCGUGCAGCAUCCUGAAACGGGUCUGUGACUCUGAUGCUGCUGCCUAAACAGAUGGCAGCCCAACACUACCGCUAGCAACCAGCGUUUAAAAACAAAAUCAUCAAGUGAGUUUUUGUUCAGUUUUUAUCAGCUCAUCUGGCGUCAGAAGCCUCCCUUUUCACAUUCUGAAUUUAUUUGCUUUAACUCCUAAAUUUAGUAAGAUUAACAAAAAGAGGUGCAAGCUGGCAGAAGUUGCUCCAGUUUCUGGGCCGAGAUAACUUGUCUCAGCUUCAUAUUCACUGCACACACACACACGGUGGGACCCUUCUCACACAGACUUUGUCUUCUAAACUGGAUCUUCUUCACAGCAGCUCCUGCUGGGCGCUGAUGUUUGAGUGAAAUGUGACGCCAUGCCGAUUUCUCUCCUUUUUUUUUGCUUCAUCAGACGUGCAAAGAAAGGUUCUCUGUCCAAUUUUGCAGUGUAGUCACGAGACAAUCUAUAGGAGGAAACCUGCACCCCUGUUACCUGUUGUGUAUAAUGUUUUUUAGAAACUCACUAUUUUUGGAUUAAUUUGUGUUGGUGACAGUUCAGACGUCUGUUUAUUAUGAUGAUGGUGAUAUUCUGGAGCUUUUAUUUUUAUCGCUAUAUUUUUGUGUAGGAUAGCCAGCUGUUUCCGUCUCUUCUUUUAUCUUCCUUAUCAUAAACAUAUAGUACUGGUUUCCUUUUUAGUUUUGAAACAACUUGCUGAAAAAUUGCACGAUCAGUUCUUGUGGUAUUAGCAAAUGCAAUGAAGGAAAUACCAGUUAAAUGCUGCAGUUUUAAUUAAGAUAUAGAAUAUAUUUAUAAAAACGGGAAACAACAGAAAUUAGUCGUUCAUGGAAUAAUAAAAAACAAAAUAUGUAAAUGCAUGGGACACAGGUAACAGCUAAGCUUAUGUUACGUACAGUAAUGAUAAGGACAUGCAUCACAGAUGAGUUUUAAAAUAGCUCAGAAUAAUGUAGCAUAUGAAAUACUAAAGAUGAAAUUUAUAGCUAAUAUAUUGUGUCGAGCUGGUCCGCUUCGGGUUUUAUUGUAAAGAAGAUAUUUCUUUUUCUGUUGUUCUUUUUUGUUUUUGAGAAUGAUAUACAGUUUGUGUAUAUUUUCAUAUACAAAGUAUGCACUGAUAUGUUAUUAAAAUUCUAUACCGCUUUUACAAAAAAAGUGUUUGUUGUACCAAAGUAUCCAAGUCCCUUGAAACCUUUAUCCUUUUUGCGUAUGUUUUACCGUAUUUUAUAUAUUAAAUAGACAAACUGAGUGAAAUGA